AUGCAGUUCUACAAUGUGUUCACCUACCCCAUCGUCCGGGACCAGCUAAUCGCUAACACUGUGCUGGUCGCCGUGGCCACCUUAAUGGUGGUUUUGCGAUUUUACUCCCGACGUCUCAGAAGAAGUCAGGUCUGGUGGGAUGAUGCAUUCUGUGUUGCGGCGAUGCUCCACACAUACGGCAUGCUUGCAAUGCAAUAUCACUACGCCCGCGUGGGAAUGCGGCAACAUGUCACCGUUCUUCCACCGGCGAAUACCGUCCUGAUCGCUAAGAUGCUGAUCAUCUAUCAAAUUGUGUAUUACAACGCGAUGGUCUUGGCCAAGUUCAGCUACCUUUUCUUCUACCUCCGCAUCUUUGUGACCAGGGAGUUUCGCAUCCUCACCUGGGUGUGUAUGGGGUGUGCAGCGGCAUACUGGAUUGGAAGUAUGCUCCAGAUUUUCUUGAUCUGCACGCCUUUCGAGAAGAAUUGGAGCAAUGUGCCAGGUCACUGUGCCAGUCAGAAUGUGGCUUUCUCAACCAUUGGCGCGUUCAAUCUUAUCACGGACGUAUUGAUCAUGGCAUUGCCAAUCCGGUUCAUCUGGAAGCUGCAAAUGUCUAUCGGAACGAAGAUGGCCUUGUAUGGAAUCUUUGGUCUGGGUGUAUUUAUCUCCUCCAUCACCAUCAUCCGAAUCCGUGUCCUCACGACCGUCGACUUCAAUGAUCUUCCAUACUCGAUGACCUGGGCUGCAUUCUGGAGUGUCACCGAGCCGGCUCUCGCAAUUGGAAACUCGUGUGCCCCCAUGCUUCGCCCUAUUCUCAAGGCUGCUUGCCCGUCCUUGUUUGCCAGUGCCAAAGCUGUAUACUCAACGCAGCCGGCAUCGGGACCUAAGCCUAUCUUGAGCAAGAAUAAUACGUUCGACCGGAUACAUGACGUGGAUAUUGAGUAUCCACUCACACAGAUGGACCAAAGGUCGGAUGGGGAUGAGGGGUCUUUGAAUGCCCGUUCGCAUGAUAGUCGCUUACAGGAUGGGCCGCGCCAUUUUCCCAGGAGUGUAGUUGGGGAUGAUAAAGCACAUUCAUGA